GUCCGCGCGUUGCUGCACCUCCCUACAGUGCGUUCGCAGACUCCUCUUUACCAGGUGAAUCGCGCCUGUUUAAAAAAAUAUAUAUAUAUUUUUUUUAGUUAAAAAGCUCUAAAAUCGGAAUGAAUGUAUGAUGGAGACGCGUCUCGGUUGCUGCUUUUUUAUCGUUUUUCUCUCCGAGAGGAUUUGUCUGUUCUCAUUAACUUCCAUCCUGGGCGGAACAAAGGCGGAGGUAAGGUGCAUUCCCCGGUGCCAGCUGCCACUUGUCGCGGCGGUACCCCAGGAGGGAACGGCCCUGGAUCAGGCAGAUUUUGACGCAGCUCCCGGUAAAGAAUUUGACGGUUUUGGUGAGGAGUCGUUCAGCGCCAGCGGAGAGGAAAAGCACCUCGCUGCGGUAUUAACCGUUAGUAAAGAAAGUUCAUUCAAAGUACAGCCACAGCUGGGGGAGAAUAAGACAAGUGGUCCGCAGAGAGACGGAGACCAUCAAAAACUUUCCCACCCUCCUCUGAGUGCUUCAAGCGCCUCUGGCCCCUUUCCUAAUAACGCAAGUGAAGAGAGUGAUAACAGAUUUAACUUGACUGGGGGCAGAGAUGCGUUCUCUUGGAGAGUGCGAAGGGGCGCAGAGACCUGGUCCGGAUUCCGAAGCGAGGAUGUGGAGGAUGCAUCGGUUUCGGACCAGGAGGAGUUUCAGCUCACAAGUUCAACAUUUGCACUCACUGGGGACACAGCUCACAACCAGGCGAUGGUGCACUGGUCCGGACAAAACAGCAGCGUGAUACUCAUGUUGACAAAAUACUAUGACUUCAACUCUGGCAGAGUAACAGAGAGUUCUUUGUGGAGGUCAACUGAUUAUGGGACCACAUAUGAAAAACUUAAUGAGAAAGUGGGGACCAAGAGCAUUCUGAGCUACCUGUAUGUGAGUCCAAACAACAAAAGGAAGAUCAUGUUACUAACUGACCCAGAGGUGGAGAGCAGCCUGCUCAUUAGCCUUGACGAGGGGGCGUCCUAUCAGAAACACAGCUUAGGCUUUGAUAUCCUCAGCCUGCUUUUCCACCCGGAGCAAGAAGACUGGAUCCUGGCUUACAGCCAUGACCAAAAGCUCUAUGUCUCCGUUGAGUUUGGGAGGAGAUGGCAGCUUGUUCACGGCAACGUUGUUCCCAACAGAUUCUACUGGUCCAGACUGGGUUUGGACAAAGACCAAGGGAUGAUUCAUCUCGAGAUCACUGUCUCAGACGGACGGUCGCAGUACAUAACUUGCAAACUUCAGAACUGCUCAGACGGAAACAAGAGCAAGCCUUUCCCCGGAUUUAUAAUCUCGAACUCCCUGGUGGUGCAGGAUGAAUACGUUUUCAUCCAGGUAUCAGUCAGUGGCCAGGCUGUCCAUUAUGUGUCGUAUAAAAGAAAUGCUUUUUACCCAAUGAAGCUUCCCAAAUACACCCUCCCUAAGGACCUGCAGAUAAUCAGCACUGACGAAAACCAGGUGUUGGCAGCAAUUCAGGACUCGCACCAGAAUGAUUCGUACAACCUCUACAUGUCUGACUACAGAGGGCUGUUCUUCACGCUGAUGCUGGAGGAUGUUGUGAGCACCGGUGGUCCAGAGGACAAUGUUAUGAUAGACCUAUAUGAGGUUGCCGGGAUUAAAGGAGUGUUCCUGUCAAAUAAAGUUGUUGAGAACCAGGUAAAAACUUAUAUCACUUACAACAAGGGCAGAGACUGGCGUCUUCUUCAGGCUCCAACAACGGAUCUCCAGGGAAACAAGGUCUAUUGUGAGCAACCAUACUGCUCUUUGCAUCUGCACCUUCAUGUGUCAGAGAACCCUUAUGCCUCGGGAAACAUUGUCAGCAAAGAUACGGCUCCGGGAGUUAUAAUAGCAUCAGGUGUUGUUGGCCCUGAGUUAAGCAGUGUGAAUGUCAGUAUCUUCAUCACAUCUGAUGCUGGAAAUACCUGGAGAGAGGUUUUUCAGGAAGAGUUCAGUGUUUUUUUCCUGAAUCAAGGAGGAUCUCUAGUGGCUAUCCGACACACACCUCUGCCAAUUAGACACAUUUGGCUGAGUUUUGAUGAGGGCAGAAACUGGGACAAAUAUAGCUUCACCUCCUCUCCGCUCUAUGUUGAUGGGGUGCUGGGGGAGCCUGGAGAGGACAUUCUCAUAAUGACGAUAUUUGGUCAUUUCAGCCACCGAUCUGAAUGGCAACUUCUCAAGAUUGACUUCUGGCCUAUAUUUGAAAGACGGUGCACAUCUGAGGACUACAUCACUUGGCAGUUACAUAAUGAGGGAGAAGUGUGCAUCAUGGGAAUGAAGAGAAUCUUCCAAAAACUGAGAGCAAAUGUUCGAUGUGUCAAGGCCAGAGAUCAGUAUAUUUCUCAGAUGUCAGACUCCUGUCCAUGCACAGAGGCAGAUUUUGAGUGUGACUAUGGGUUUGAGAGGCAAGUCGAUGGGAGCUGCACUUCGGCUUUCUGGUUCAUUCCUUCAGCAUCAACUCGAGACUGCGUUAUGGGCGACAGCUUCUUCAACACAACAGGAUUUCGUAAGGCUUUGUCAAACAACUGCACCGAAGGAAGUCUGCUGAAGUACAGCCCCAGGCAACAAAAGUGUCCCAGCCAGGCUCCCAGGGGUCUCCAGCUUUUCACCAGCAAGGGAACAUUUGUAGCAACAGUGGGAAGGAAUGUCACCUUCUUGGUCUUUCUGGAGGAGGGUCUCGGCUCUAUGACAAGUAUAACAGUGGACUUCGGUGAUGGAACUGCCAUAUCUUACGUUAACAUCAGCUCCAUUGAUGACGGGGUCAAGCACAUCUACAAUAAAGUUGGAAUCUACCAGGUUUCAGCUACAGCAAUCAACCAUCUUGGCUUUGACAGGGUUUUACUGUACCUCCACGUGUCCUGUCAGCUCGAGCAGGUGCAGCUUUCAGCUCCUUUGGUGGUCAUCAAGAACAAAGCAGUGAAUUUCACAACAACACUUCGCCCAAGUAGUGUGGGAACAGUCACGUAUUUCUGGUGGUUUGAUAAUAAGACAGAGCCAGUUGUGACCCUCAAUGGAGCAAUCUCCUUACCUUUCUCCAAGGAGGGGAGUCACACUGUUACUGUUCAGGCUUUGGCUGGUAAUACUGUUCAUCAGGACCAAAUGAGGGUGGUAGUUUAUGAUUAUUUCAGGUCUCAUCCUUUGGUUUUUUCCUCUAAUCUGGAUGAGCUGAACCCUGGGGUAACUGAGUGGAGAGAAGACAUUGGCAGAGUUGUGAAGACCUGCAUCGUUAAGGUCACAGGGAUCAGUGAGGAUCAACUCCUGGUCACGGUGCUUGCAGGUUUACCAACUACAGCUGAGGUCUUUAUUGUACCAGAGAGGAGGUCAAGAGACAGAGCCAUGGACGAAAAGUGGGCGCACCUGGAUCAGCUUUCUCAGGUUCUGCUGAGUGCUCUGAACCAGGAUCUCAUUAAGUUUACAGUCAAACCUGGGCUGCAGGUGAAUGUGUAUGCCACACGGCUGUCUCCAGCUCCUCUUGUGGAUGGCAGUGAAAGUGGGCACAGCAGCACUGCAGUCAUCAUGCUCGUGUCAGUGGUGCUGAUGGGACUGGCUAUCUUUGUAAUAUAUAAGUUUAAAAGAAAGAUCCCAGGCAUGAACACAUACACCACAGAGCAGCCUGACAAAGAACAAGAGGUCAUCCCUGCAGUGACCUCCAUAGCUGUUCCAAACCCUGAGGGGAAUGAGCUGACCUCACUGGAUCAUGUGGAUGUACAACUGGACUCCAAAAGCAAAGGCUACCUGCCAUCUCACACAGACAUCAAGCUCUCUGAUGAAGCGCCCCAUGUGUUUUAAUGUUGGAAGUCUAUGACCGACUCGAAAGCAAUACAUCUUCUUUGGCAGUUACUUCCAGCAAGCUAGGAAGCAGCGGUCACAAUGAAUGGUCUCGAGUCUUUUGCUACCCAUGCAUGGAUGGACCAGUUCACACUGUGCUGCCUAAAUCCCUCUGAGGAGACUGUAUAGAUUUAUACUUGCCUCUUGAAAAGGAACAGUUUUUGACUGAAAUGCUUGUAUUUUUACAAGGACGUUGAUCUUUUUAUGUAAAUAAUGUACAUCCAUAAUGGAAAAAGUGAAAGUUAUUUGUCUCAGCUGGUUACAGCUGCAUCUGUUCAAAUAUCAAAACAUCAAACAGCGGUAUGACAGCGGAGAGUAAUAUAUAUAUUUAUAGAUCUAUAUAUAUAUAUAUAAAUAUUUAGAUCUAUAUAUCUAUAUAUAUAAAUCUAUAUAUAUAAUGUAUUUUUCUGAUUUUGGGACCUGUGUUUGUGAAGUUUACUUUUGUAGAUGCGUCAAACAGGCUUAUCUGAAUAAGACAGUGAGGGAACCAGAUUCAUUAAGCUCUCCAUAAUCAGUAAAUCUUAUCAUCAGAUUCUCAUCCAAUGAAAGUUCGCAAUAUCCAGGAGAUGAUGGAGGGCUCCUAGUCCCGGAUCUGUGUAUUCCAUCAAGCCUGUCUCUCUGCAGCACACAAUGUUAUAUAUGUCAUAGCAGGGGAAAAAAAAACAGAAGUUUAUGGCAGAUAGGUAUACACAGAAGAUGAUAUUCUGAGCAGUUCCUUUUGUUUAGGAGACACAUUUUAGAAACAGUGAAACAACAUGGAUCUGAAACAAACUGAUCUAAAAUGUUCAAAUGAUUCAUUACCCCAACAGAAAUACCACAUUCAAUUCUCAUAUGGUCACACUGACUGUAAAUGUCAUAUUUGUCAUUUUGUGCAUUUCCUGUUUGUACUUUCUGGUUUGUACCAAGAGCAAUAUGUAAAUUUACUGAAUCAUUCCAGUGUGGCAAAAUUACAUUAACUAAGAAGCAGCGAAACGAGACAAGAAAAGUUUCCCGUUUGUGUUUUAAUUAGUUAUUAGAUCAAAGUUUAUUUGCUUUAAAAGAUUCCUUGGCAUACUUACAAAAUAUUUUCUUUGAACUAAUAUUACUGUGAAGGUUGGUGGUGUCUUUUCAACAUUUGCACUACAUUUUUCUUCUUUUUUAUAUUUGUUGUGCUUAAAGCCUUUUUUAUUUAUUCUGGACUGACUCUCCACCAAUGCCGGCAGUUAUAUGCACCAUCUCCCAAGUUGCUAGCAAUGCAAAAGGGCCCGCAGUGUGUUCUAGGUUUGCCCUAAGGAGUUGGCGGACAAAAGGCUGCAGAUGUGUUCAUCUCCUGCGCUGCGAGGGACACAGAGAUAGCGAAGACGUAUCUCCUGUCAACACGGCUCAGCCCACGCACACGGCUUCGGUCAGCUGCUGUCUCUUUGGGAUAUGUACCGAGGUUCUUCUUCAUCAAACUUUCUUUUUAACUGUUGUCAGCAUCAUAUGUCAGUAAGACAAAUUGACUGGAGGCUCCUCCAUGCUUCUUCCUAGCAAUCCCCUGAUUGAGCCAGAAGCAUAAAUAAAUUCAAGCCCAGAAGAACUCUUCACGCAGCUGUUCAAAGACCUUUCGUUUUGGUAUUAAGUGAAAUUAAUCAUCUUUCAGUCCCGUUAUUUGGCUGUGAAUACCAUCGUGAACAGAUUUGCAUGAUGAUUUGUUUCCUUUCGAUCUACUUAAAAUAUGUCUUAACUUGGAAAAAAAUGUAUGAGAAAUGUGAUGUUCAGUAUUUCAGUUUUUUUUUUCAGAGGCUAGACAACUCAUUCAUUACAAGUGAAGUGAUUAUUCAGUGGGUUGUUACAGUUUGUUUUGUUUUAUCUUGCAGAGGUAACCAUGGUUGCAGAAUAAAGUAGAGACACAACAACA